AUGAUGAUGGUGCCCGGCACACGUGAGUCCCUCGACGAGGACUCCAUCACCAGCUACAUCCUCAAAGAUGCGGCGAUGCAGGAGGCAAAACAGCCCACGGAGCUCCUUCCGCAGGCAAGCUAUGCUGCACCGAUGAAGCAGACUCGUCACCAGGAGCAGCGCAGGAAGCUGGGCGGAGGUGGUAGCGGAGGUGGGCGGUCGACGAAGGACGUCGACGAGAAGCGGUCGACACGUGACAAGGGCCGUGGAGGUGGUGGUCGACGGCGGGAGUGCUGGAUCUGCCACGACUCCGACCAUCUCUCCUACGAAUGUCCCGAACGCGACGACAACGACGAGGACGACAAUAAGGGAGGCCGCGGUCGAUCGGCCAGUCGUCGCCCCCGUCGAGAUGCAAAGCUGCGCAAGGAGAAGCAGACGUCGAAGAAGACGUCGUCGACGAAGGACGUCGACAACUCCAGUCGCAAGGGCCGAGGCGACGUGGAGGCGUCGUGCUUGAUGGUGGGCGUGGUGGAGCCGACACUGUCGCUAGCGCCGGAGACUGGCGAGGACUUCCAAGCGGUGGCGGCAGCUGUGCAAGCCAACCCGAUGGCGGUGCUGCUCGACAGCGGAUGCUCCCACCACCUGAUGCGACUCGUUAGUGUAAGCGAACUCAAGUGUCGGUAA